GGACCGGAGGAACUUAAGCGAAGUCCCGCCUCCCGGCGGAUGCUCAUUGGCGACGUCGGUUAUUUAUCCCUCGCGGAUUGGCGAGGUCCGUCUGUCAGGAUUCGGUCGCAGCCCGACCUAGGAAAGAAGUGCGCUGGAGAGAGUGGGUGGUGGGAGCCAGCAGACGGGAGAUUCCGAAGUGGCCUGAGAAGUACAGGGAGCGUGAGAGGUCUGUUGGAGAAUGAACUUGGGAGGGGCUGGAGAUGACAAAAUGUCGGCCAGAGGGAUCGAGAGGCAAUAGCGAACAUUGCCGGUGAUGGUGGCAGUGGAAAAGAAAUUGAAAACUGAGGCCACAGUCAGAGAAGGGGAGCCAGAUGAAGACGGAGAAAAGUGACAUGACCGUAUGACCGCAGAACAGUGCAAAGACGCGAACACAACCUAGAGGAUGCUACCUUGAGAGCUAAAGAACUUCCUUGCCUCCUUUGCGCUGUAGGCCUUCACUCUUAAAACCGCAGCAUCCGCUAUUUAGUCUUGCACUUGGAGCGUAGUGGGGUGGUAGAGGUGAUGCAUCAACCAAUGAAUCGUGUUCUCGCAUAGCUGUAGUCCUCAUUGGGGAGAAAUACUAAAAAUAUACUUAGUUUACAGUAAGAUACAUGCUGCCAUCCUUGCGCAAUUCUGGUGACUGAACUGAAAAUCUGAAAUAAAAUUAUUUUUUCUCCUUUGAGGUUACUGAGCUCAAGGAUGCGGUUGAAAACAUCAAAUUUCCGUUGUUUGUAGGGCCUUAUGUACCUAUCAUAAUUGGAACUACUAUUUUUAAUUCCUCCUCCAAGGAAUUACAGUUUCAGGAGUAUGCACACUCCCUCCAAGCGACAGCAGUAUGUCUGGUCAGGUUGCAUUAGAGAAUAAAGUACAGAGCAUGUGUGUUAUAAAUAUGUUCUGUUAAGGACCUUGAGGUGCUGCUGAUGUGGUCGAAGAAUGACACAGUACUUGCACUAAAAAACUACAGUAUGCUUAGGACAAUCGGUCAAACCUUGCAAAUGGCGAACAGUUAAACGACACAUACAAUUAACCCAUGCUUUGUGGCAAGUCUUGUUCAAUGGCCGCUAUUUUUGAUUUGUAACACGUGGCGAUGGCCAAGUGCUCUUGAAACAGUUAACUUAAAAUCUCAGCAGUUAUUUCCAGAGAAAGUAAGCCUGUCUCCCUUGGCGAGAUCCAGUCCACAGCUCGCUUCCCUCCUAAAACCGCGGCAUCCUCUGUUGGGUCUUGCACCGGGAGUUUGCUGGGGUAGGGGGAGAGGUGUUGGAGCUUUGAAAACGCUUUGCCCCUCGGAGGAGUCAAAGGGGCAGAAACUGCAUGGGGUGAGAGGAAGGCCUGAGAAAUAAAGGCAGAGGAACCCUUUGAGGAGGCUAGUUGCCUUCUCGGGGCCGGUGUGUGUGCGUGUGCCUGGCUAGUGUUAAGGGUGAGGAAGGAGCCCGGGAGCCUGCGGUACCCUCCCGGAGGUGCGGGCCUGAGAUUCCGCUGGGUGGCGAGAGUCUCCGCCCUCCGGAGCACUGACGGCCUUCGCAGCCAAUGGGCGGCGAGGACAUCGCGUUUGAGAGGGCGGGUACUUCCUACUCCGGCCCUGGGCUCGUAGAAGGACGCGCAAGUUGUUUCUCCAGGGAUGUCUGCAGGAGGGAUGCCAGGCUGAGGUCCGGCGUCGAGAAAUAAAUAAAUAAAAGAAGGAGUCUCGCUGUGUUGCCCAGGCCGGUACUGAAUUCCUAGGCUCAAGCAAUCCUUCUGCCUUGCCCUCCCAAAGUGCUGAGAUUACAGAGUUCUAAAGUUCCUGUUGCUUCAGACAAUGGAUGAGCAAUCACAAGGAAUGCAAGGGCCGCCGGUUCCUCAGUUCCAACCACAGAAAGCCUUACGACCGGAUAUGGGCUAUAACACAUUAGCCAACUUUCGAAUAGAAAAGAAAAUUGGUCGCGGACAAUUUAGUGAAGUUUAUAGAGCAGCCUGUCUCUUGGAUGGAGUACCAGUAGCUUUAAAAAAAGUGCAGAUAUUUGAUUUAAUGGAUGCCAAAGCACGUGCCGAUUGUAUCAAAGAAAUAGAUCUUCUUAAGCAACUCAACCAUCCAAAUGUAAUAAAAUAUUACGCCUCAUUCAUUGAAGAUAAUGAACUAAACAUAGUGUUGGAACUGGCAGAUGCUGGCGACCUAUCCAGAAUGAUAAAGCAUUUUAAGAAGCAAAAGAGGCUAAUUCCUGAAAGAACUGUCUGGAAGUACUUUGUUCAGCUCUGCAGUGCAUUGGAACACAUGCAUUCUCGAAGAGUCAUGCAUAGAGAUAUAAAACCAGCUAAUGUGUUCAUUACAGCCACUGGGGUGGUAAAACUUGGAGAUCUUGGGCUUGGCCGGUUUUUCAGCUCAAAAACCACAGCUGCACAUUCUUUAGUUGGUACACCUUAUUACAUGUCUCCAGAGAGAAUACAUGAAAAUGGAUACAACUUCAAAUCUGACAUCUGGUCUCUUGGCUGUCUACUAUAUGAGAUGGCUGCAUUACAGAGUCCUUUCUAUGGUGACAAAAUGAAUUUAUACUCGCUGUGUAAGAAGAUAGAACAGUGUGACUACCCACCUCUUCCUUCAGAUCACUAUUCAGAAGAACUACGACAGUUAGUUAAUAUGUGCAUCAACCCAGAUCCAGAGAAGCGACCAGACGUCACCUAUGUUUAUGACGUGGCAAAGAGAAUGCAUGCCUGCACUGCAAGCAGCUAAACAUGCAAUAUUAUGAAGAGCGUAACCAAAGUAAUUUAAAGUAUUUUGUGCAAGUCAUACCUCCCCAUUUAUGUCUGGUGUUAAGAUUGGUAUUUCAGAGCUAGUGUGCUUUGAAUCCUUAACCAGUUUUCACAUAAGCUUCAUUUUGUACCAGUCACCUAAAUCACCUCCUUGCAACACCCAAAUGACUUUGGAAUAAUUGAAUUGCAUGUGAGGAAAGAAAAUGAAACAUGAUGGGUUUGAAUGGCUAAAGGUUUUUAGAAUUGCUUACAGUUUUCUGCUAAUAAAUUGUGUUUAGAUAGACUGUCAGUGCCAAAUAUUGAAGGUGCAGCUUGGCACACAUCAGGGUAGACUCAGACCUGAGAAAAAGUAUCUGAACAUGUGACUUCUUUCUUUUCUAGUAAUUUAUGGACAUUAAGGCGGACCCACAAUUGUGAACUUCUGUCAUGAUUUUAUUUUUAAACGUUUGAAGUACUAGUUUUAGUUCUUAGAGUAGUUUUCAAAUAUAAUUCUUAUGAUAACUGUAGACAUAAACUAUUUGAGAAACAUUUAAAACUCUUAGCUUAUACAUUCAAAAUGCAACUAUUAAAUGUGAAAAGAUUUGGGGACAAAAUGAGUCAGACACUGAAGAGUUUUUUGUUUUGUUUUAGUAUUUUUGAUAUUAUCUUUGCAUUGAAAUGGUAUAAAUGAAUCCAUUUAAAAAGUGGUUAAGGAUUUGUUUGGCUGUUGUGAUAAUAAUUUUUAAAGUUGCACAUUGCCCAAGGCUUUCUUUGUGUGUUUUUAUUAUUGUUUGUACAUUUGAAAAAUAUUCUUUGAAUAACCUUGCAAUACUAUAUUUCAGUUUCUUUAUAAAUUUAAGUGCAUUUUAACUCAUAAUUGUACACUAUAGUAUAAGCCUAAGUUUUUAUUCAUAGGUGUUAUUGAAGUUCUGAUUGGUCCCCUUCAGAAAUGUUUUUAUAUUAUUCUUCAAGUUACUUUCUUAUUUAUAUUGUAUGUGCAUUUUAUCCAUUAUUUUUUCAUACUUUCUGAGAGCCUAAUGCCCUUUUAAAAGAUAUUUGGUAUACCAACACUUUUGCCGGAUUGAAAACAUUUUUUUUAAACUUUUUAAAAUUUGGGCCACCCUGUGUGCAUGUGUUUGGUCUUGUUGAAGAGGAAGAGAGGAUGUGUGUUGUACUGUACCUGUGAAUGUUGAUACAGUUUCAAUUCAUUUGACAAGGUUGUAAUUCUAGAAUAUGUGUAAUAAAAUGAAAACUGGCCGUUACUACGCCAGAAUUGUCACGAGAUUAGCUUUUCUAUUGAGAAGCUUUUGAGCUAAGUACCGUAUUUGUUCACGAAGAUGACUGAGAUGGUAACACUUCCUGUGGCUUAAGGAAAUGGGCAGAGUUUAGUAAAUGCCUUUGUGCAGAUGUGCUUUCCCUGAAUGCUUUCCUAUUAGUGGCCACCAGCUCCUCACAGAAUUGUGAAGCCCAAAGGCCAAGAGGCAGUCACUUGUCAAAGGACUCUGUGCCACCAUACAACCUUAGGAUGAAUUAUCCUGCCAACGUGAAAACCUCAUGUUCAAAGAACACUUCCCUUUAGCCGACAUAACUGCUGGUUUUGUUUUUCAUAUGUGUUUUUCUUACACUCAUUUGAAUGCUUUCAAGUUAUUUGUAAACUUUAAAAAUGUAUAAAGAGCAAGAAGUAUAAACUCUUGUUUUUUGAAAUCUAAUCAGUUAUGUAUGGUUUCUGAAGGGUAAUUUUAUUUUGGAAUAGGUAAUCUUUUUUUUUCCUGGGGGCUAGAUGCAUUGUUUCUCUCACACUCCAGUGACUUUUAACAUUUAUACUGAGCAUCCAUGGAGAUAUAUUCCUAGAAAUAUGAGAAGAAUUAUUCUUGUUGACCAUUAAUGUCAUGUUCAUUUUAAUGUAAUGUAAUUGAGAUGAAGUGUUCUCUGGUUGGAACAGAUACUCACUUUUUUUCUUUAAGAAUAUAUGGAUCUAAAAUUCAUUAGCAUGACCCCUCAAAGUGACUUUUAAGUAGAUUUAAACUUUUCUUCUCAGUGAAUCUAUCUGCUAGAAGGAAAUAGCUAGGAAGAAUUUAAUGAUCAGGGAAAUUCAUUAUUUCUACAUAUGGAAACUUUGCUUUGAAUAUUUCUUCUUUUUAAUCUAAAUGUUCAUAUUUUUCCCAAAGAAACCACUGUGUAAAAAUUAAAUUUUAAUUUUGAAUGGGAUAAUUUCAAAGAAUUAUGAAGAUGAUUUGAAGCUCUAAUUUAUAUAGCCACCUAUAAAAUAUUUUUUAUUUGUGUUCAUAAGUAUAUUGAUUAAGUUAAACAUUUGAAUUGAUUUGAGGAGCAGUAAAAUGAAAGCUAUGUGGAUACUAAACCUUAUUUAGACAUUGGUACCAGUUACUCCCGUGAAAAUAUGGAGUAACUUUGUUUUGCAUGGUAAGGUUUAGGAAUGGUGGAUGAAGGGUAUGUCUACAUAAAUAAAGUGCUCAACAAUGUGCAAUGAUUGUAAAUUCAGUAAGAUAUUACAGCCAUUUCAUGAAUGCUUUACCAUUCUACAUAGUAUCUAUUACAAAACACCUUUCUUGUAUCCAUGUACUUCAGGUGUUGCUGUUAACAUUUACUAUGAUAUUUAUUUUAACCAAAAUGUUAUUCACAUUAAAUGUUUAUUCUUUAAAAUGAAUGUAUUAUGUUUAUAACCCACAAAUGCAUACUUACCCUGUGCCUCAUAUUUCAAUAGUACUGUAAUAUGGACAUCUUUUUGUGAAAUACUUUUAUUUUGUUAUGCUUUAAAUAUACAUACAAAAAUUCUGUUAUUAGUUUGAAAAUUGUACAAUAUCCUAAUAUAAACAAAAACAUAAAAAUAAAACUGAAUACAGUAAAA